AACCACCUUUCACGACUUGCAAUAAAUUCUUUCUACAUUUAACACUUUCCCCGCUCUACUUCACACUUCCCCCAAAUACUUUCUGCCUUUUUUGCUUAACAAACACUCCUCUAAUUUCCAAACUCUAAAAUCCAAUCAAAACGACAAACAUUUUUGAUUCGUAGCCCUACGCAUAAGAUUCCGAACUAGUUUUCUUACGCAUAUUUCUUGAAUUUGCGUUUUUACGAUUAUACUAGGGUUUUUGCCCAGAGUUUGGUGAUCAAAUGUUCUGGAUUUUAUCGGUGUAUCUAUUUUAAGUGAGCGAUGGAAGUGGAACAAUCAAAUCAAGGAAUGACAAUUGAAGAGGCGUCAAUGGAACAAAGCAUUGGAUUUGUUAAAGCCCUACAGGAACUCAAAAACUUAAGACCCCAGCUUUAUUCGGCAGCAGAAUAUUGUGAAAAAUCUUAUCUUCACAGCGAUCAAAAACAGAUGGUCCUUGAUAACCUGAAAGAUUAUGCGAUUCGAGCCCUAAGUUCAGAAAUUUCAUCAACAGAGUUACAUCUUACAUGUUUACAUCAACAACUUCUUACAUGCCAAACAUAUACGGAUAAAGAAGCCAUCAGACAGCAAGAAUUAUUAGCAGUUUUACCAAGGCAUCACAAACGUUACAUUUUACCUAAUUCUGUCAGCAAAAAGGUCCAUUUUAGCCCUCAGAUUCAAACCGAUUCAAAUGCAAGACAAAGUAAUCUUCAACCACGAACUCGCCAAUUUACUUCAGGUACCCCAGCUUCAAAUACUCUUUCUUGGCAUUUAGCAACAGAAACUAAAUCUACUUUGAAAGGGGGUUCACGCCCAUUGAUGAGCAUGGAAGAUCCAAAACCAUCUCGCCGUACUCCAUCCAAUGGUGAAGAGGGCAUGCAAAAGAGGGCAGAUAAUCUUCGGUUGUCGAAUGUGGGGCCUGCUUCUACCACAGCUAUGCAGACACUUGGCAUCAUUCAACGGGAUCCAAGUGAGGGUCAGAAGCCAAUGACACCGUUCCGGUCAUUUGACAACCAAACAAGACCCAACCAAACAACAACAACCCAUUUCAUUUUCAUGAAGCUUCUACAAGUGAACGGGAAAGAAUCAAAGAAUAGUUUUACUAUGAAAGAGAAAGAGAAAGAGUAGUUAGUUAGCGAGUGUGGUUGUAGUUUGGAGUUGUAUAUGGUGUGUGUAACAAAUGCAUAAACUUUGUCUAAUAAAUACUACACGACUAAUCUUCAUCUUUAAAGAAACUUAACAAUACUUGCUCUCA